ACCGGAAGGUUAAGGUUUAGGGUUUAUGUUUCUUGCAGGCUUAACGUGCACUCUCUAAUGGAGUUUCUGCUAGAGUUUCAACAGAAAGGCGAUGGCCAGAAGGAAAAGCCAAGCGGUUACAAGCUGGUUCCAUGGUUAAAUUGGGAUGAGUGGAACUUUGUAAGGGAAUCUCUCUUCUCUUCCUCUCCGGACUCCGUUGCUGCCGCUCUUAGAAGAAUAUCAGCAUGGCGAAGCAGAGGAUGUCUUCCCAUUGUGGUCGAAGUUACAGCUUCUAUUGUCGAAAUUCAGCAGAAAGACCCCUUCUUUAGCAGGGGCUCCAUGGAUGAUGCUUUGGAUUCAGAUGAGAUGCAGGCUAUGCUAUAUUGCAUGGCAAUAAUGAGGCUUGUUAAUGGUCUUAUCGAGAAAACACGCAAGAAAACAGAGGUUUCCAUUGGUGAAGCUGCAGAUGCAAUUGGCAUACCACGUAUGCUGAUCGAUAUUCGUCAUGAGGGUUCACAUCGUGAUCUCCCUUCACUUCAGCUGGUCCGCCAUGCCUCCAUGAAGGCACUUGAUUGGCUGAAAUCAUACUACUGGGAGCCUCAAAAGAAUGCAAUUCCAAUUCAAAGGAAUGGAGUUAGUGUCAGGAAAGAAAUCAAGUCUAAACUUCGAGAGUUAGCCUUUUAUAUUAGCGUUAGGCAGGCUCAACAAUCCAGUUUGUCACUAAUCAAGGGGAAACGUUUUAAACAGUCCGAAUUGCUUUUUGGACGCACAACAUUUUUUUCUCGAAUGGCUGGAAAACUCAAGUCUUUGAAAUAUGGAGGUUACAAGCAACAGAUUACGAAGACAAUGAGAAACCUUAUUAGGUUGUAUUCAUCAUUCCCAUUAGAAGUGGUGUCAGUGUUGUUGCAGUUUCUACUUAAGUCAUCUGAUUGUUCAGAGGGAAAUGAGGUAGACUCCUAUAAGUCACAAGUGGAGAAUGAUCUGGGCAGUUUGAAACCCAUACAAGGCACAGUUAAUGUUUGGAAGCUUGUAAUAGCCAAGUUAUCUCGUAAGGAACCAAAAUUUCUCCUUACCAUGAUAAAAGCAGUACUUGAGAUGAUUGAGGCACAGGAAACCCCAAGUUCUGGAACUGGAGAUCAUCCUCUCUCAUUGUCACUGUAUAAUCAUCAAAUAGAAUUUCUUUCUUCUCUGGUUCUAUGGCUUAUCGAGAGGCUUAAAGAAUUAAAAAACCUAAGAUGUAGACAAUCUGAGAAUGGAAUUCCUUCAGAAGAAGCAGAUGUUAUACCAAUAGCAACUCUGGUGGAAAUCAUACGGAAAUGUCUUCUGAUAUUAGCACCGGGCAACAGCCUUCUUACAGAUUCAGCAUUGAUUCUUGCAGAGAUUAUUGGGAAUGACUCUCUUGUUGAGCAACUCAAGAAACUCCUGUUGCUUAGAUUACCGGAUUUUGAUUUUACCGAUGAAAAUUCUAGUUCAUUGGAUCCUGAAAACUUCCUUCUCCAACAAGAGGAAUUUAUUGUUCAGGCAGCAGCAAAGCUGAAGUUGCUUAAAAUACAGCAGAAGAAAAGUAAAAUGGUGAAUAGCACACCAAUCAACACUGGUAUGGAAAAGAAGACAAAUACAUGGACUUUGGUCAAGUCAUGGAACCCAUGUCCAAUAGGUAUGUUGCCUCAUGCUCUUAGUUCAUCUGGUGUUCUUCCUGUUCUUGACAGCACAAACGACCACAAGGUCCAAGAUUCUUUAGUAGGGUCCUUCGAAGAAAAAGAGAAUUGUGAACUUAAUAGAUCCAUUGGCAAGAGAGAUGCAAGCUGUGGUGUUGAAUCAUUGGAAAACACAAAUGCCAUGAAGAAGAUGAAACAGUCAGUAGAUGAUGUUGGGUUGGAUGGUCAAAGUGAUUUAUCAUCAGGAGGUAUUACCGGUCGAUUGCUGAUUGAUGGGUUUUGGAAGAAGGUUGGGGAAGAGGAGCUGCAGGCCAUUGGGUCUGCUAUCAGGAUUUUGGUAUAGUAAAUUGCAUGGAUUCUAGAGGGCUUACAUUGUAUAAUGAAGCAUGACCUUGUUAAUGCCAUUUACACAAAUGAAAAGAAAAAAGAAAGAAAAGAAAGGUGAUGGCAUAAUGGUCCUGUGGCAAUUUUGUACUUUUCUUAUAAUAUAAUUUGUUUAAUUGGAAUAUCUUUAUUAUUCCAUUUCUUAACUAGUAUGUACAAGACUGUUAGUUUGAGCUCA